AUGUCGUCUGGAUUCGCCGAUUUCGACGCGGGUCAUCGCGACCUGGUAUCAGUCACCAAGUUCAACUUUUAUGGUAACCGCAUUGUCACGGCCUCUUCUGACCAUCGUAUGAAGGUUUGGGAUCAGAAAGAUGGCGAGUGGCAGUUGACUGAUACUUGGCGUGCGCAUAAUGCCGAGAUCCGGGAUGUAAGCUUCCAGACACCACUUUUCACUCCCUGUACCCUGCAUAUGGCCAUUGAUCGUUUGCUGACCCCUGCACAGGCAACUUGGAACGGGCCAUUUACUGGUCAGCAUAUCGGAAGUGUAGGGGAAGAUAUGAAAUGCAAGAUUUGGCAAGAAGAUGUCACCCAGCCUCCCAAUUCUGGUCGACGUUUCAGGUCUAUCUUUCGUAUGACGGCACCGCAGCGACAUCCAUUUGUCUCAAUUGAUUUCCGCAACGUAGAUCUCGAGUCCUGGCUUGCUGUUAUAACACGGGAUGGCUAUUUAAUGGUCAUGGAGCCCGUGAGUCCAGACUCACUCGCAGAUUGGCAACCCUUGGACCAAUUCCGAGUGUGCGCGGCACCCCAAAGAGGGGAAGAGACCAGCUUCAAGGUGCAGUUCCAUCAUGAUCCUGCUGACAUCACGCACUCGGUUCUACCGUCAUGGGACCGCAAAAGUCUUUCGCUGGUGGUGGCAGCUAUGGAUAGUGUGAAAGUAUAUCGCACUGAUGCUAAUCGUCGCUUCUACCAUGCCAUUGAACUAAACGGCCAUGGAGGACUUGUACGAGAUAUAUCCUGGGCGAAUGGCUCAGUCAGAGGCCACGAUCUUAUUGCUAGCGGUUGUAAGGACGGUUUUGUUCGAAUUUUUGAAGUGUAUACUUCGGUGUCCAACAAUGGGUCUCAAAAUGCAAACGGAAGUCACGCCGGCCCUAUUACCCAACCAUCAUCAAAUCGCACAACAACGCAGUCAGGGAUAGGCUCUGCUCUUGCAAAUCGUGCACCUGCCUCGAUGGCAAGUCGCUCAGCGACCGACGACAAUCAGUUCAAGCAUUCGUACAAAGAAGUUGCAUGCCUCGACAGCAAGCAUCUUGAUGUGUGGCAAGUAGGAUUCUCAUAUGCUGGUCAGUAA